GUCCUUGCUCUGAGCCUUGACCAGUUCACCUGCCAGUUCGGUGCCUACUGACCGCUCAUAGUGAAAAGGAGUGCUGCUGGGACUCUUUCACUGAGCUAGCUGGCUUACUAUGCGCGUCCUUAAUCUUGCUCUCGUGCUUGCUACGUUUCUAGGAGAGGUGGUCCAUGCCGUGCCUGUUAAAAGGUCUAUAUCGCAAGAACUCUAUGACGACCUGUCGUUUUAUGUCGAAUACGCCUUCUCGGCGUACUCGACUACUUGUGCUUCCCCGAGUGGGAACACGCUCGUUACCGAAUUCAGUAACAAUUCUACGGAUACCCAAGGCUUUAUCGCUCGAGAUGACACCCGUCAGGAAAUCAUCGUGUCUCUGCGUGGAAGCACGACCUUGCAGGACUAUCUUACAGAUGUAGAUAUCCUUCUGGUACCGUUCAAAGCCAGUGGGACUUCACCGCCAGCUGGCACGCUCGCACAUCUUGGCUUCCUGACUGCCUGGAACUCUGUGGCGUCGACCGUUCUCUCUAUCGUUCAAGAACAGCUCGACGCUCACCCCGGAUACGCUCUCGUCACUUCGGGCCACUCACUCGGCGGUUCGCUGGCAUCUCUCGCUGGUAUCACGCUACAGCAGAACUUCCCGUCGAACUCUGUACGAAUGUAUACGUAUGGACAAGUGCGGACAGGUAAUGAUGUCUAUGCGUACUGGGUGAAUGAUAAAUUCGGGACGAAUGCAUAUCGAUCGGUCCACACAACGGACAUUGUUCCUCAUCUCAUCCCUCGAGCUAUUGGCUACCGCCACCACGGAAUCGAGUACUGGGAAAACCCAGACCCGGCCUCUCCAGAGAAUACGACACAGUGCGCGGCCGAUGGCGAAGAUCCGGAUUGUUCGGACUCUGUCGUGUUCGGGGAUGCGGAUGCCCAUUUGGUGUACUAUGGUAUCAAGAAUAGCACGCCGUUCUGCAGUUGAUCCCUCGCUGCUGCUUGGUCAGGGGCCACCGAUCUGACUGUGUGGCGCUCACGAGCUGUAAAUGAAAGUACGAAUGAAACUCACGCUUGUAAUAAUGUUAUAUCAUAUGUAGCGAUUUAUGACCCUC